AUGUGUUUAAGUCAAAAUCAUUUUUUCGUAUUAUUUCUGACCGCAGUUCUAACAGUUACAGCGGCUGUGGAUCGGAAUCCGAAAAAGCGUCAAAUAUACCGUGAACAAGUCUUGCCUCAUGCCGGCGGCAAAAUUCCCGACACAGCUUUCGAAACCGAUCGGCUCUUUUUGAAUCGACUGCAAUCUAAUGGUAUCUCUGUACCAGAUGGUGUAGUGACUGAACAGCGAAAUCCGCAAGUCUAUCAAUACCACGACAAAAGUCCCAGAGUGCUCUUUCAAAUAGCGCUCAGCUCGGAUGGUCGUUACACGCCCGUCGAAGGCAAAUAUCAUCAGCCGAAUGCACCGUCGAUUGAGACCACCUACCUCUAUCCACAAAUACACGGACACUUAACCGAUGCAACCCCCGCGAAGAGCGCCUAUCCGACAUACCGACAACUACAGUUACACAAUUCACAACUCAAUCAAGUGAAGCUGCAGCCCAAGAAGAAGACACAAUAUCUCAAUAUAACACCGAGUCUGCACAAAGGCCAUGGCAAUGCAUAUCGGACCCAAGCAUACCAGAAUUUCAACAUUAUCAACACGCCAAUAGUGCCACCAAGCGGAGCAGUGGCAGCGGCGACGCUGUCGUCAGGGAGCGCCAACAAAUUUGACUACUUAGUACCGAAUGUGGAUAGCUCGGCACAUCUAUUCAACGAUUUUGAUGAGCUCUUUAACCACUUCAAUUUGCACGAGGGUAGUGCGGCAGUUUACAGCGGAGGUAUUGGUUGCUUUAUAAAGUUACUGAAAAAUAGAGUUGUAAUUAAAAUAAUGAAUGGGCAACGUGUGACAUUGUGCUGCAGCUUAUUGCUUGCAUGCGCAUACCUUGCGGCAUCGAUAGCGGUGGAAGUGCAGACCUACGGCCACCUCUACCAUCCACCAACCGAAGAGCAUCGCCGAGAAGAAAAACAAGAUCUCUCAAAAAUACCCGGUGUACCAGGUGUUGACUAUCCGAUUUAUCACAAAGUGCCGCACACGAAUUUCCAUUGUGCCAAUGUGCCAGCUGUGCCGGGAAUGUAUGCAAAUGUUGAGACCGGCUGUCAGGCCUACCAUGUUUGUCACGACGGACGCGAGGGUCAUCAAGGCGCAGAAUUUCUCUGCACUAACGGUACUAUUUUCAAUCAAAAAGAAUUCGCAUGCGAUUGGUGGUACAAUGUUAAAUGCGAAGAGGCGGUCAAUUACUAUCACUUGAAUUCGGAUCCCGAACACAACCCUUACUUCCAGAAGAAAAAGGAACCGGAAGUGGAACAAAAUGAACACGAGGGUUUCUAUAUUCACGCAUAAUUUUUACAAAAAACAAUUCAUCUCAUCAAAUUUCAUAAAAUUAUUAUGCUUAGUUACUUUGGUUUCCAUGCUGUCAACUAUUUUCAUUAAAUAAUACCGUUUAUUUGGAAAGUGGU